UUGGUGAGCUCUUCUCAUAAAUUUUUGAAAGCUUCUCUAUAAAUAACUAAGAGCCCAUAAAUUUUAUUUAAAAAAAACUUUUUUUGUCGUUUUUCCAUUCCGGGAAAAGUGCGUUUAAUUAAUUAAGCACUCAACUUUUUUUUCUUUUUUUUCCAAAAAAAAAUUGAGUGGAAUAGAAUUUUAAUUACGUUAUUUAGUUGAUCAACAAAAAAAACCACUCAAUAUAGAAAAAAAAUCGAAGGUCAAACUAAUCUGUCAAGAAUAAAUCUCGAAUUUUUUUAUGAUGUCAUUUUGGAAUUGUUUCGCAGAGAGAUCAAAGACCUUGAGAAUCUUAAUUUUGAUUUGGUGCGAAAAAAAAGUGUUCAGUGAUUAGAUAGAAAAAUGUGACCAGUAUUAUUUUUUGCAGUGAGAAAAUAUUGAUUUAUGAAAAAAAGAAUUUAGCCAGGUGGAUUUUCAGCUCGAAAUUUGACCAUCUGAAAAUGUUUCUCCUGAAAAAUCUACGUGGCGAAAUUUUUAGUAGAAAAUUUUCCAUCGAUUUUCAGCUGAAAAUAGCCUGGAUUUUCAGCUUGAAUUUCGGCCACGUGGAUUUUUUCAAUCUGAAAAUCCAUAUUGCGUUAUUUGAGCUCAAAAUCCAUGUGUCACAUUCUGCACCUAAAAAUCCACGUGGCAAAAUUCAGAGCUGAAAUUCACGUGGCCCAAUUUUUAGCUGAAUAUUCAUGUGAAGAAAUUUAGAGCUGAAAAUCCACGUGGCACAAAUUUUGAGCUGAAUUUCCACGUGUCACAAUCUCAACCUGAAAAUUAACGUGGCAAAAUUUUUAUCUGGAAAUCCACGUGGCGAAAUUUUAUUGCUGGAAAUCUACGUGGGAAAAAUCUACCUGAAAUUCCACAUGGCGAAAUUUUGGAGCUGAAAAUCCACGUGGCAAAGUUUUGAACUGAAAAUCUACGUGUCACAAUCUUCAGCAGAGAAUCCACGUACCGAAAUUUUGAUCUGAAAAUCCACGUAGCGAAAAUUUUGAGCUGAGAAUCCACGUGGCGAAAUUUUGGAGCUAAAAAUCCACGUGGCAUAAAUUUUGGAGCUGAAAAUCCACUUGGCAGAAAUUUAGAGCUGAAAUUCCAGCUUUCAUUUUUUUUGAGCUAGAAAUCCACGUAGCACAAAUUUUGAGCUGAAACUCCACGUAGCGAAAUUUUAUUUGCUGGAAAUCCACGUGGCGAAUUUUUGAGCUGAAAAUCCAGAUUUAAUUUUUUUUUGAGCUGAAAAUCCACGUAGCGAAAAUUUUGAGCUGAAAAUCCACGUAGCGAAAAUUUUGAGCUGAAAAUCCACGUGGCAAAAUUUUAUUGCUUGAAAUCCACGUGGAAAAAUCUUCAGCAGAAAAUCCACGAGGCGAAAUUUUGAGCUGAAUUUCCACGUGGCACAAAUUUUUAUCUGAAAAUCCACGUGUCACAAUCUGCACUUAAAAAUCCACGUGUCACAAAUUUUGAGCUGAAAAUCCACGUGGCGAAAUUCUGGAGCUGAAAAUCCACAUUUUUAGCUGAAAAAAAAUCCACGUCGAAAACUUUUGAGCUCAAAAAAGCCAGAGACUCCCUGGCUCCCGAAAAAUCCACCAAGAUUUUUUUUUCUAUUUCCAGUAUGUCUCAACCGCCGCUUCUUCCUCAUCUCCACCUUCUCCUCCACCAUCUUCCGAUGUUUCCCUAAACAUCCGCUUCGAAUACGGACUUCCACUUCUAGAUGUCCCAUUACCAUCAAGAAAUGAGCCUUGUCAAUUCACAAUGCGACCAUUGAGUGAUAAUGUCGGAAAUCUGUGCGAAUUUUUGCGGCAAGAAGAUCGUGGAAUCGAUUAUGUGGCUGUUUAUGGGAAUAGUGAGUUGGAGAAUUUUGAUUUUUGAUUUUUCAAGAGCUCAAAAAAAUUCAGAUGGCACAAAAUUGGCGACUUCCACUUCAAUCGAACAUCUUUUGCAAUUCGGAACUUUCAGAUUGCGAUUGAAUGACAAAUAUUUUACGGUUAAUGUUCCAGAGACGGCUGGAACUAGAUUUGAUAGUGAUAAGUUAGUUUUUUCGGUUGGCCGAGUGAGAUGCCACGUCAUAACUUGCAGACUUCGACAAUUAGAUGAUUUGCGAGCCACAGUUGCCUCAUUACACGCUGCACUUUGUGUCGAUGAAUAUAAGCUAGCCAGGGAGCGAAAUCUGCUGCAAAAACUCGAGAAUGCUGAAAGUUUGCUGAAACCGCUGGAAAUCGAAAAAGUGCGCAUCGAAAAAGAGUGCGAAGAGCACACGGAUCGUGUAAUGUGGGCGGGUUUUGCGGCGUGUGGAGUGCAGACGGGAUUAUUCGCCCGGUUGACGUGGUGGGAAUAUUCUUGGGAUAUUAUGGAACCUGUCACUUAUUUUGCAACUUAUUCGACGGUUAUUGCCACUUUUGGGUAUUAUUUGUAUACUAAACAGGUUGGUCCGGAUUUUCUGUUAUUUUUUGCUCAGCGACUCUUUGAAGAGCACAAAAUUGAGCCAAAUCGAGAAUUUUUUGAAAAUUCGUGGUUUUUUUGUAAAUUGUCAGUUAUUGAAAAACCGUGUAUAUGAAUUGAGAACAAUUUUAAAACGUUUUUUUUUUGUUUUUCAAAAAUCAGUCAAAAUUUGACUAAAAUUGCUGAAAAUGAGAAUUUGGGCUGAAAAAAUUAUCGAUUUUCUGAGCCAUUUUCAGUUUUUGAUAAAAUCUUCUCUAACAUGAAUUAUAGGCUCUCAGAAGAAGCGAUUUUCCGAAAAUUCUUAAUUUUUGGCUCAUUUUUGUGCUCUUCACAGAGUCGCGUAGCAAAAACUGAACACGACCUCUUUUUAAGCCCAAAUUCUCAUUUUCAGCAAUUUGAGUCGCAUUUUGACCUCAGAAAUUUUUUUGUACGCGUUCAGCACACUUUUCGUACCAGUUCAAUCCCUUCUCCGUGCGAGAUCGCGAGCACAAUCAAUUCCAGCACUCAACUGGAGAUGAACCGGAACAUAAAAAGAACUGAACUAGUACAGAGCGCUUUUUGGGGAACUGAACCAGUACGCGCUUGCUUGCGUCGCUCACUUGAAUGUCCUGAACCCGUACACUUUUUUCUAUUGAAAAAGGCAUUUCGCGAGCAAAAUUUGUACUGAACACGUACACUUUGUAGAAACAAAAUAAUUUAUUGAUAUGACAAAAAAAGUAAAUUAUUUUAAAGUCUGUAGAUUCCUGAUGGGUCGACUUCGUGGAUCGGCUGUGUCGAUUCUUGAAGAGUCGGCUUGAUGGGUCGGCAUUUGUUGACUUAGUGACAUUGUGGCUGAUUAGUUGACCCAUGAAGAUCCCAUGAAGUUGUAGAUGAAGUUGUAGUCGGCGCACUGAAAGAAAACUUCGUUUAAAAAUUCAAAUUCGAAAUUGGAUUUAUCAAUCAUAAUUACAUAAUUAUCAUCACAAAACAUAGGAUGCUUUUUAUAAAAUGUCCCAGAAAGUUCAGAUAAUAUUUUGGUAGGUUCAAAUUUUGAAAAAAAGAAAGUUAUGUUCAAAUCUGCAGUUAAAAUAUGAAACAGUGGUGGGAAAUUUAUGAAUUCGGGAUUCAAAAUAUUCUUAUCAACUUUGUUCCAAAUUGUUUCUCAAGAUUUUAGUUAAAAAGUCCCAAAUGUUUUUCUCUCAAAUCUAGUUUGCACAAUCAGAAACCUGGACUGUAGAUAAGUUAUUGAAAUGUACAACUUUUUUGAAAAACGAUCAUUUUCAAAUUUGGGAUUAUUUACUUGGAAAAAAAUUUCCCAACAUUUGCACAGAAAACAAAAAAAAAUUUUAGCAAUAAAUUUUGAAAAUGAGCUUACCUUUCCUAAUUUUCCUCAUUUCCAACCGUGCUUCGAAAGUGAGUUUGUAGUCGUUGUAGUUGAGAGAAUCAUCCUUGCUCUGAAAUUUCGUAAAAUUGAACUUAAAAUUUGAAAGAUCCCAAAGAAACGUAAGAAUAACAUCUCUAAAAAACGAAUUUUGUGAGUAUCAAGGCUGAUAUAUAUCAAAAUAAGAUGAAUUUAACAUGAAGCAAUAAGCAUAACUUUUCUUGAAUUACUUUUGAAAAAAUCAUAUUGAAACGUCGCUGAAUUCUUGGGAAAAAUCAAUGAAAAACAAAAACGGCCCAAAAUUUUCGAAAACAAAAAAUGAGAAAUUCUCCUGGGCUUCGACUGAACCUUUAAUUCGUGUCGAGACCACAACCCAUCUCAUGCUCGUCAAAAAGUACUGAACCAGAACAGCAUAAACAUGUGCCGCGUGCUAUAACCGACUGAACUGGUACGAAAUUAUUUCAUGUGUGUACGGGUUCAGAACAUCUACUCAAUCAUGCCAUUUUUCGAGCCAUGCAGCCCAAAAGACUGAACGUGGACUCGCAUCAGUUUGAACGCGUACUCGAUAGGAACUGAACGCGUACAAAUGCACAAAACGUGCUGAUCGGGUACAAAAAAAUUCCUGAGACUGAUUUUUUCAAAAACAAAAAAAAUACGUUUCAAAAUUUUGAUAUAAUUUAUUAUCAAAUAUUUUUUUCAAUUCGGAUUUUCCAAUAACUGACAAUUUACAAAGCUGAAUUUUCAAAAUUUCUCGAUUUUUGGAUCAUUUUGGUGCUCUUUAGACAGUCGUGCAGCAAAAAUUGAAAGAAAAAAUCUUUCUAAGUUUUUUGAAAAAUGAUUUUUAUACGAAAUUUUCUAAUCAAAAAUUAUAGUUUUCUCCCCUCAAACUACAAAAAUUUGUAGUUCGAUUACUGUACCACAUUCUAAAAAUUGCAGAACUUUGACUAUCCGAUUGCUCGCGAACGCGUCUACACCAAACAAUUCUACCGUCGCGCUCUCAAAUCCGGCUUCGACAUCGAAAAAUACAACAACUUGGUUCAAGAAGUCGACGAACUUCGAAAUCAACUAAAACGAUUAAGAGAUCCUCUAUUUCAGCAUUUACCAGUCAGCUAUUUAUCGCAUUUAGAACAAAAAUGA